AUGGAAAAGAUCAAUACUGAUGACUUGCUGGUGAAGAUUUUAUCAUUUCUUCCAACAAAAGUUGCUGUGACCACUAGCAUUUUGUCUAAACGUGGAAGUUUCUUUGGUUGCGGGACAUUGCCGCUACAUAGAGUUCCGGUUUUGGAAAGCUUGCCUCUCAAGUUUAGUACUUUACCAUUUCAACCAGAAGAUAUCAAACUAUGCGUUGAAGCUGCAGUUUCUCACUGUGUGCGGGAGCUUUUCAUUGAUUAUUAUCCUCAUCCAUACAAAUUUGCUACAUUGCCAUUUUGCGUGUACACCUGCAAAUCGCUCGAGACCCUUGCACUCUCUUAUGCAAUUCUCAUGGUUGUUCCUCGUAUGGCUUGUCUUCCAUCUCUGAAAAACUUGCUACUACAAGGAGUGAGAUACGUAGAUGAAUCUUUUCAACUACUCGAUGAAUCUCAUACGGUUUGUUUUCCCUCCCUGAAAUCUUUGCACCUUAAAGAAGUAAUCUCCUCCGAUGAAAGAUAUCUUCGAUCGCUUCUUGCCAAUUGCCCUGUUCUUGAAGAAUUGGUCAUGGAACUAGAUGAAUAUGAUACUUUGGGAGCUGUCCACAUCAUUGUACCGUCUUUGAAGAGUUUAUCAUUAGAUAUAGAUUGUGAUCGUUCUUCCAAUGUAGUUGAAAUUGUCGCUCCUUCUUUGGAGUACAUCAAACUAAAUGAUCACAGCGACAAUAAAUUCUUGAUAGAGAAUAUGCCUAAGCUUGAAGAGGCAUACAUUGAUGCUAAUAUCUUUGAAUAUGAGAAAUUUCUUGGAGCUUUCACAUCUGUUAAGCGUCUAAGGGCAUCUCCAUCAAUAGUAUCUGGGAGAAUAUCUGGAGAUGGUCUAAACUUGUGCUUAAUGCUCCAAAGAUCCGAGGCUAGGAAUGUUUCUGCAAUUUGCUUCAAUCAACUUGAAAGUCUAAAGAUAUGUACUUGUAAACCAUAUUGGUCGAUAAUACUUCUCCGGUUGCUCAAAGGAUCUCCUAAUCUAAAAGUCCUUGAGCUCACAGACAAUAAAAUGCCAUUGUGUUUUAAGGAUCCACUGGUUUGCUGGGAUCAAGUGACACCUGUGCCUGAAUGUUUGCUGACUAGUCUAGAGACUUUCAAGUGGACAGACUUACCACCAAGACAAGAAGCGAGAGAUAUGCGAACAGUUUUGGUUCUGAAAAACGAAAUGGUAAAACUUUUAGACGAUAAGAUCGUUAGGUCAGAAAGAAAAGAACACAUCAUCUUCUUCUUUGCAAUCACUGUUUCUGAUAUUUAUGUUUCUUCCUCUUCGUCACCGUAG